CCAGGGCGGGCUCGGCGAGUGCCGCAUGCGCGAUGGUGGCGGGCGGGCAAUUCGGAGCGGCGAUGGCGGCGGGCCCCCGUGAGGCGCUGCGCGGCCGCUCCGGCAACCGGCUGGACCCGGGCGGGCAGCCCGGCCCCAUGGCGCCUCCGGGGCACCCCUGGGCGCUCACCCGAGCCGCGCUGGGGCGGCUGGAGAGGGCGCUGAGCUGCUCCCGCUGCGCAGGUAUCCUGAGGGAGCCCGUGUCCCUGGGGCGGUGCGAGCACGUCUUCUGCCUAUCUUGUGUGGGCGACUGUGUCGGCACAGAAUGCCCGGUGUGCCACAUGCCAGCCUGGGUGCAAGAUGUGCAGAUAAACCGGCAGCUAGAUAACAUGAUCCAGCUUUGCAGCAAACUGCGGCAUCUGUUGGGCGCAGACACCUCGGAUUCAACAGAAUGUAUAUCCACACCAACAGGCUCCGACUCUGGGAAAAAGAGUAAGAAGGAACAGAUAAAAAUGUGGUUCAGCCCAAGAAGCAGGAAGAUUCGAUGCAUCCUGAACAAGGGUCAGCCUAAGACUAAAAGCGAUGGCCCUUGCCAAGACCCAUCUUCAGUUUAUCAUUUCUUUCCUUCCCCUCCUCACGAAAAACCCAAGCCAACAAAAAAGCCGGCACAGACGCAAAGUAAGAACGUGAAGAAAAAACGUCUAGCAGACAUCAACAAAGUGUGGGGCUUAGGGAAACCUGAGCACAAAGGAGGAGUUGAGGAGAAGACUUCCAAGGAAAAGUGUGUGACCAUUUGUAGCCAGCCAGUCGUCCUGUGCACUCCAGAGCCUACUAGCCCCAAAGAGACACUUCCACAGGAGCCUCUAAAGGAAGCUGACUCCAACACAAAUGUGGAGAAAUCAGAAAUGUCACCAGAGGUACAAUCCUCAGAGGAGAACGAUAACAGCUUGGAUGCCUGUCCUGCACAUGUCAGCAAGGAAAAAAAUUGUGCUACAGAGGAAUCCCCGUCAAUAGGAAAUGAAACUACGCCUUUGAAACGUGGAAGGGAGCAAUCAAGCCUCCCAGUUUCGUCCCAGACUAAAAGGCGCCGAAGAGCUGAGGGGAGCACUAGUGGGAGUGCAGGCAGGCAGGCAGCUCGCUUGGAGGAGUCGCCUCAGGGCAGCCCCAUCUCCCAAGCGACUGAACCCAAGACACCUGUUCAGGUUUCCUCCUCUGUAUCAAGGCUUGCUGGCACUGCGAUGAAGACAAGAAGCUCUGCAGCAAUGAAUAGUCCUUCGUUUCCCAAAUCUCCCUCUACUCCCUCUACUUCCAAGGCGUGUAAUCAAGUAGGAACACCACACAGUCCUUCUGUGUUCAAGUCCCCUGGUGGUGCUAACGCGGUUGCCCGAAGAAACUACAAAGGAGAGACUUUGCUCCACGUUGCUUCCAUCAAGGGUGACUUAGGAGCUGUUGAACAGCUGCUGAAAAAUGGGGCAGAUCCCAAUGUUAAGGACAAUGCUGGCUGGACACCACUGCACGAGGCAUGUAACCAUGGGCACAAAGCGGUGGUGGAGCUGCUGCUGCAACACAAAGCACUGGUGAACACCACGGGCUAUCAGAACGACUCGCCCCUGCAUGAUGCUGUCAAGAACGGGCACGUGAGCAUUGCUGAGCUGCUGCUUUUGCACGGGGCCUCCCGCGAUGCAGUUAAUAUAUUUGGUCUGCGGCCUGUGGACUAUGCAGACAGUGAAAAGAUGAAGUCUGUGCUAAUGUUACCAGUGAAGAAUGAAUCAUUUUCACUUAGCCAGCCCUCUGAGUCACAGAGCCCUAGCCAGCCAAGAGAUGGACCUCUUGGCAUACUGGGGAGCAGUCUUAGUUCAGAGCAGCAGAAACUGCUGAACAAGCUAGUGACAGUCCUGAAGGCUCGAAGGUGUACCGAAUUUAACAGCACAGUAACUCAUCUUGUUAUCCCCGAUGUUCCAAUGCCAAGCACCGUCAAAUGUUUGAUGGCUGUUCUGACUGGAUGUUGGGUCCUCAAGUUUGAAUGGGUACGAGCCUGUCUGCAAAGUACAGUCCGAGAACAAGAAGAGAAGUAUGAAAUCCAAGGUGGCCCACAAAGAAGCCGGCUCAACAGAGAACAGCUGCUGCCGAAGUUGUUUGAUGGAUGCUACUUCUAUUUUCUGGGAUCUUUCAGUAGUCACCAGAAGAGUGAUCUUGUGGAGUUGGUCAAAGCAGCAGGAGGCCAAAUUCUGGUUAGGCAGCCAAAACCAGACAGUGAUGUGACGCAGAUGAUCAACACGGUGGCAUACCAUGCAGAAUCGACUUCUGACCAGCGAUUUUGUACUCAGUAUGUCAUCUAUGAUGUGUCUUCUAAAUUCAAGCCAGAGAAAAUUCGUCAGGGCAAAGUCUGGAUGGCCCCCUCCAGCUGGAUUAUAGACUGUGUAAUGUCAUUUCAGCUGUUGCCUGUAAAGUGAACAUCCCUGUCUCAAGAGUAAGAUUUAAAAAAAAAAAAAAAAAGUGAAAAUAAAAAAGUGUUGACUCUUGAGCAGUUGGGAAACUCUGAUAAAUACUGGCCUGAAGCUAUGAUUUAUGUUUUGCACUUGGAAUACAGGAGAGCUUUGACCAUGUAAAUGAGUUGCUAAGUUCACUGUGAUGUGCUAGAAUAAAUGACCUUACAAUGGAGGAGGGAGGUAAAGAUGCUGCAUUGAAAAAUGUGCCUUGGAUUAUUUAGUAAGCUUUAUUUUUGCAUUUAACUUCAGUGUAGUAGUCAAUGAUAUUUUGUAACUAAGAUUUUGGAAAAUGAAACCUUUUGCAUUCUUGACGUAAAUCAGACCUUCAUGGGUGAUAGAACAUAACCCCAUUUCUUUUGUGUUUAAUGUCCUUUGACAAGGAUCUACUACUGUAUGUGUCAAGAUUUCCCAGCCAGGCCAGAAUGUGUAUUUUAAAAGCUUCUUUUUCAUUUGAACAUAGUCAUUUGCCUGUAUAGACACCUCUUCUCUCAAAUAGGGAACAUCAAGUGUCAUAACUUAUUACAACUGAAUGUUGUAGGAAAUUCUUGGCAUAGGGUAAGCCUUGUGGAAAUUAAAGUAGAACUAAUGGCCUGAAUUCGUUUGAACAGAAACAUUUUUGAAAAUGCAUCUUUAAAUAUUUUAAUCUAAAAUUCUUUAUUUGUAGCAAGAGUAAUGCUUUAUUUGCUUCCAUCUAUCUUCGUGCCUGUAAAUGUGUAAUUUGAAUUCAACACUAUUUUCUGGAGGAUUUUAAGAGUCAGAAUGCUUAGUAAAUUAUAAACAAAAAUAUUCCUGUAAGUAUAGAUUGCUAUCAUGGUUACAUGAAAAAAUUAAUGAUCACGAAACAAUUAUGCCUUGCUUUGCACAAUUGUACUUAAACUUGGCUGCAUUGGAGCAGUACCUGAUUCUUGUGUAUUUGUUACAGUUUUUAAUUCUUUCCUCAAAUUGAUCAUAAGUUAUUGUUGAUCUUGCUGUCUCAGUCUGUGCUCUUAUCUCACGUAAUGCCUUACAUCCCGUGUGUUCCUUUAGUUUGUGAAUUCAUAACUUAAAGAUUGUGUCUUACCAUGAUAUACAAUGGAAAUGAUGGUUGUGGGAUAAAUUGAGGUUUGGGUUUUUAUUGCUUGUAAUAAAACUUACCGUGUCAG